CCAAUCACAGCGAGUAUCGGUUCUGCCGUAAAGUGUAACGGUGGUGGUCAGAAUGAGGAGCUGUUAGCAUCUCUUAGUGGAGAAAUUAGUCACAUUUAUUAACGUUAAAGGCUGUUGUUGACCAAGACAGCUGCGUCAUGUCAAGUCCUUCUCUGCUCGUCCUGUAUGGGAGCCAGACGGGUACAGCCCAGGACACGGCACAGAGGAUCAUGCGGCAGGCGCAGAGAAGGCGGAUGCAAGUUCAAGUGUUGCCUUUGGAUAGCUACAAUGUGGCCAACCUGAUCUCAGAGUCUCUGGUUGUCUUUGUUUGCUCCACCACUGGUCAAGGAGACCCUCCUGAUAAUAUGAAGAACUUCUGGAGGUUUCUCUUUAGGAAGUCUUUACCUGCUGGCUCUCUGGGUCUGUUGGACUGUGCAGUCCUGGGCCUGGGGGACUCCUCCUAUCCCAAAUUCAAUUUUGUGGCCAAGAAGCUUCAUAAGCGCCUCCUGCAGCUGGGUGCCAGCAUGCUGCUGCCUGUGGGGCUGGCAGAUGACCAGCAUGACCUGGGGGCGGAUGCUGUGAUUGAUCCGUGGCUCACGUUACUUUGGGAGAAAGUGUUCACUCUGUACCCGUCUUUAGCUGAAGUGAUCCCACUGAGAGAGGAUGAACCACUCCCUCCAACGUACACGUUCCACUUCUUAGACGAUGUGAAAGAGGAGACGGAUGACAGGCUCAGGAUUGCCAUGGAUCAAACAAUCCCCUCCCAGUCCCAUCCCUUUCCUGCUAGAAUGGUGUUCAAUAAGAGAGUCACGGAGCUGUCACACUUUCAGGACGUGAGACACAUUGAGUUUGACAUCACUGGAUCCAACAUUGAGUUUGCUGCUGGUGAUGUUGUUGUGAUGCGUCCUUGUAACUCACCAGAGGAUGUAGAGCUCUUCUGUCAGCUGCUGAGGUUAGAUCCAGAGACCCGGUUCACUCUCAGGGCCACAGACAACACUGCAGUUCCAGCCAGGCUUCCUCAGCCCUGCAGUGUUGGCCAGCUGGUGGAGAGCUUCCUGGACAUCGCCGCUGUGCCUCGCCGCUCCUUCUUUGAGCUGCUGUCUACCUUCGCCACCAACGAGCUGGAGCGGGACAAGCUGGCUGAAUUCAGCUCAGCAGCGGGACAGGACGAGCUGCACAGCUACUGCAACCGUCCACGACGCACAGCGCUGGAGGUCUUGGCAGAUUUCCCCCAUACCACAGCAGAACUUAAAGCAGACUAUCUCUUUGAUCUUUUCCCUGAGAUCCAGCCUCGCUCAUUUUCCAUCGCCUCCUCUCUCCAGGCUCAUCCAAACAGGCUUCAGAUCCUGGUAGCUGUGGUCCAGUACAAAACCAAGUUGUAUAAACCACGAAGAGGCCUCUGCUCCACUUGGCUAGCCUCUUUGGACCCUGCACAGGGAGAGGUGUGUGUGCCUCUGUGGGUGAAGAAGGGAAGUCUGAAGUUUCCUAAAGAGAAGGACACCCCGGUGAUAAUGGUUGGACCUGGAACAGGAGUCGCACCCUUUAGGUCGGCGUUACAAGAGAGGAUUGCUGAGGGAAAAACUGCCAACGUCCUGUUCUUUGGCUGUCGCUCUGAAACCAAAGACUUCUACUUCAAGUCAGAGUGGGAGGACAUGACGAAGGCUGGACAUCUGGUCCUUUUCACUGCCUUCUCUCGAGACCAGGAGGACAAGGUGUACGUACAACACCGCGUGAGGGAAAACGCAGAGCUCCUAUGGGACCUGAUUUCCAAAAAAAGGGCCUGUUUUUACAUUGCUGGCAACGCUAAAGAGAUGCCAGCCAGCGUGUGUGACGCUCUGAAAGAGGUGUUCCAGCAGGAGGGAGGUGUGUCUGCAGAGGAAGCUGAGCAGAUGCUGGUGGCUAUGGAGAGGACGGGACAAUUUCAGAGUGAGACCUGGUCCUGAUCACGCGGUCUCAGCCCAUUCCAUCUUCGGCUGCAUGAGACCGCUUCGACUGUGGAGCCAUUCUUCAGCCAACAUCAGCAUAUUUAACCCUGGGUUCUUCACCGUUUGUAACAGCACAUGUGACUAAAUACCACAAAGCUCAAAGCUCCAUUUACUUGCGUUUGGAGUUUUCAAGUGCAUCUCCCAGCCUUGAGGUUUGUUUCCACCGUAGGAGCUUUCUCCUGGGAAUAGAACCUUUUUCUAUCCGCUGCUGAACACCACUGACUGAUCGCUCUGAUCGCCACCUCUGUUACACACCCAGCGUGAUUAAACACCUGCUAAUUCAAAAGGGGUUUUACUAGUUGUUUGUGGCUGAUUGUAAGUUCAGUUUUUACAUCUUUGCAGAGUCCCCUUUUGUGAAAAUUGUAUCACAGUUCUGGCAGUAACUGUGUGGGGGAAAAAAAGAUUGGAUUGUUUUGUUACAUAUAUCAACAUGUAAUAGUUUUCUUUAUCUUGUGCAGUCACUGCAGACUGUAACAGGAGAUUUGCAGUCAUGAUGUCAUUUUAAAAUUUGGAAAAACAACUCUAAUUAACUAUAAUUAAUACUAACAACUAGUGCUGUCAAACGAUUCAAUUUUUUAAUCAGAUUAAUCACAGGGUUGCUGUGGAUUAAUUUCGAUUAAUCAAAAUUAAAUAUAAUUCAUCUUUAAUCUAUAUUCAGCGCAUUUCAUUUUGCGUGAGCAAACAGAUUCAAGAAAGAAGGGAAUAUAUAUGCACUUAACAUGUUUAUUAAACACCUGUGCUUCAGUGAAAAGAAAAAUCCUUCGUGUAGAGUGUGUGCGUAUUACUGUAAGUUGGUGGACUGUUCCGUCUUUGGGAGUUUUUUUGUAUUCAGAAAGAAGAGGCCCAGUCAGAGAAAAUGUAUUAAAGCAAAGGUCCAGAAAAUCUUAAUGUCUAACUUGAACUAGUGUGAUAUAUGUCGAUGUAACCUGGUAACUUUAUUAGUGUCUGCACUAAAACACAAAUGUUUUGCUGCCAUUCAUAAGUCACAGCGCGAGUCUGUUCUCUCUGCUCGCUGCUGCACCCGGAGAGUAAACAAGAUCAUGAAUCCGUGUUAGUAUCAUCCAGCUGGGUCAAACUGCAACCAACCAUCGCUGUUUCUUCUCCGCUGCACAAUCACACCGAGCAGGGAGAUGCUGCUGCUGCUGCUGCUGCUGCUGAACACCAAGUCUGGGAGGAAAUUUCACUGAAAAUAUCCGAAGAGUCACCGAAGCAGAGACCAAAAAAAAAAAAAAAACUAAAA